CCAUGUUCUCCUCCGCUGUUGUCUGCUCGGCAAGCACCGGCGUUCCCACGUUGGAAGAAGGAAAAGGAAGGCCUCACGAAGGCCCUUUCGCGCCUUCGCCGCCUCCUCAGCGCUGCUGCAGCCAUCAAGCGACGCGUCUUGGCGGCUGUAUAUAUAUAUACCGCGCUCGUUGGCACUGUCGCGUGCUCGUUUUACAAUUGCUUGAAACGGCGCACACUGAGGCGAGACCAUGGACGGGGCCUUCAGCAAUAUUGUCAACAACGUAAUCGAAGGAAAGUCCGUGGACUUCUGGACGCUGGCGCGGUUCAUCUGGGAGCACCCGGAACUGGCCCUCAGGGAGGAGAUGGCGCAUGUCAAGCUCUCCGACUUCCUGGAAGAGCGAGAGUUCAAGGUUCAGAGGAAAUAUCUCCUCAGCACGGCGUUCAGGGCAGAGUUCAGCGCGCCCGGAGGAACCGAUGGCCCGACGAUAGCGUUUCUGUGCGAGUACGACGCCCUGCCCGAGAUCGGCCACGCGUGCGGCCACAACCUGAUCGCCGAAAUGGCCGUGGCAGCCGCCAUCGCCGUCAGAGACGCCAUGAAGUUCUCGCCCACGCUGCGCGGAAAGGUAGUCGUGCUGGGCACUCCCGGUGAAGAGAACUGCGGUGGAAAGCAGAUGCUGAUCGACAAGGGUGCCAUCAGGGACAUCGACAUCGCACUCAUGUCGCACCCUUUCCCGUAUGAGGCCCUCCGAACGGGCUUCACUGCAAGGCAACAGGUGACCGUCCGCUUCCGGGGCAGGUCAGCCCACGCCGCCGAGUCCCCCUACAAGGGUCUCAACGCUCUGGACGCUGCGGUGGCCUCGUACAUGAACAUCUCCCUGCUGCGUCAGCAGAUCAAGCCCACCAGCAGGGUUCACGGCGUGAUCAUGCGGGCGGGCACCUACCCCAAUCUGAUUCCGGAAUUGAGCGAGCUGAGCUACCACAUCCGCGCCGUGAACAUCGCCGAGCUGGAUGAGCUGGUGGCCCGCGUCGAAGGCUGCUUCCGCGCCGCCGCCUUGGCCACCGGCUGCGUCAUGAGCCUCGAGUGGGGCAUCCGCUACAAGAACCUGGUGCACAAUGUGGCGCUCACCGAGGUGUACCGAAAGCAUGGACAGGCACUAGGUGCCGUGUUCCAGGACGCCGACAUGAAGGAGGUGGUGGCCACCGGUGCAGCGACUGACGCCGGCAACGUUUCGCACUGCGUACCGACGCUGCACACUGUGUACGCGGUGGGCGGCGGCGUUCGGAAUCACACCCGUGGCUUCGCCGAGAUCGCGGGCACCAUCGACGCCCAAGGUCCGACGCGACGAACGGCCAAGGUGCUGGCGCACACGGCCAUCGAGCUGUUCUCCGACCCCGCGCUGGUGCAGAAGAUCAAGGCCGAGUUCGCCGACUGGCGCUGCCGCACAUCCUCGCCUCCGGCGGGUGCGAAAGCCAAGAAAUGAACGAUGCAAGUGACGGGUGCUCCUCUUGUGUCUCGGGAAACGAAACCUUCGUGUUAGCACCUCACGGACGUUGCAAGGGGAUGAGGACUGCACUUACGGAUUACGGGGGCUAUGUAUAUCUUGAGCGUCGCGUUUGCUAGUUACUUGAUUCUUUUUUUUUUUGGCACCGUAAAGCGGCGGCACAUGGUCGCAGUAUGUUACGCACCUGUUUUUCUUAGAUAGAGUGAAUUCUCAUGACAGAUAUCUCUGAGGAAAGAGCCACGCGUGGAGUGUCACUCCAAAGUUCCAAACUUGGCAUGUUAUUUUAGUUGCUUCAGUUUUUGUUGAGGGAACUGUGUCAUCUUUCACGUAAACUAAAUGACCUACCUUUCACUGUUCAUCGCACAGAUCAUGCGCUACAAGUUGCAGCUAAAUGUGCCGACCUUUUGGGACGUUCCCAGACGGACGACUGCUUCACCGAAUGCCUCGCGUACCGCGACGAGAGACAAUUUUUUGAGCACCAAA